CUUCAUUCAGGUCCGAACCCCGUCCCAAACAUAUACAGCAGCGGCGUUGGCUUCCGUCUACAGGCAUAGCCGCUGCAAUCUAGAAAGUAAACAUGACCAGCAGGUUCUUCCUUGUCUACCUACUCAGUAGUACUCUCAUCUCCCCCACCACCGGAGCUGACAUCUUAUCUCCCGACCAGUCACUCACCGAUGACGGCCAAACCCUGAUCUCCACCGGCGGGACCUUCCAGUUGGGUUUCUUCGGCUCCGAUAAACGCUACGUCGGGAUAUGGUACUCUAAAGUCUCAGUCCGAACCGUCGUAUGGGUCGCGAACCGCCGGCAACCGAUCACCGGCACUUCCGCGAGCCUGUCGAUUAAAACCAACGGAACACUCGUCAUCACCGACGAGAACGCCACCGUAGUCUGGUACUCGAGCUCCCGGGCCCUUGCAAACCCGGUGGCGCAGCUCCUCGAUAACGGGAAUUUCGUCGUCAGGGAGUCCGGCAGCAACAGCAAUGAUCCCAACAGCUUUGCAUGGCAGAGCUUCGAUUUCCCGACCGACACGCUCCUGCCGGGCAUGAAGCUUGGGUGGAACCUCACGAGCGGGCUCAACCGCAACCUCACGGCUUGGACCAGCGACAGCGAUCCGGCGCCCAGCGAGUACACCAUGGCCGUGGACGUGCGUGGCUACCCGGAGAUAUUCCUAUGGUCCCGGUCGACCAGAACGUGGCGCACGGGGCCGUGGAACGGGCUCCGGUUCAGCGGCAUCCCAGAAAUGAAGACAUACGACAAGUUAUCCUUCGAUUUCGUGGUCAACCGGGAUGAGGUCUUCUACUCAUUCUAUGUGCAUGACGCUGCCUUCAUCACCAGGUUGAUCGUGAACCAGUCGGGCAUCACGCAGCGGUUGGUUUGGAUCGAGCAGAGCAAGAUCUGGAACGCCUUCUGGUUCGCGCCCAAGGACCAGUGCGACAAGGUGUCGCAGUGCGGCCCCAACGGCGUCUGUGACCCCAACGAGUCGCCGAUAUGCGGCUGUCUCAAUGGCUUUCGGCCCAAAAAUCCCUCUAACUGGGCUCUCAGGGAUGCGUCGGAUGGGUGCCGGCGGAAAACAGAGCUGGACUGCCGGAAUGGGACCGAUGGGUUCGUCAUGGUGAGCGGCGUCAAGUUACCGGACACAUCGAGUUCGGUAGCGAACAUGAGCCUGAGCCUGAGCCUGGAGCAAUGCAGGACUAUGUGCUUGACGAAUUGCUCGUGCACAGCAUAUGCCGCUGCCAAUAUCAGUGUGAGUGGGACGGGGAGCGGCUGCAUCAUGUGGACAACCGAACUCACCGAUCUUAGAGUGUACACCAAUGGUGGACAGGAUCUGUACCUGAGGUUAGCGGCCGCCGAUUUAGGCUCGGAAUCAAACCCAUCUCAUCAGCGUCAUAUAGUCGUGAUCAUUGUGGUCCUUGCUGUGAUGAUCACACUCCUGGCUAGCACUGCGUUUUGUAUUCGGAGGAGGAAGAAAAGGAGAAGCACAGGCAUGUCGGGUAACAUUUCCUUCUCAGAACGAUAUAUUAACGAAGGGAGGGAGGGGAAGGACAUCGACCUGCCCUUGUUUGACUUAGGCACCAUUAUUGAUGCCACCAACAAUUUCUCAGUACAUAGCAAGCUCGGGGAGGGCGGCUUUGGUCCGGUGUACAAGGGUAAUCUGGGAGAGGAACAAGAAAUAGCUGUGAAGAGGCUAUCAAAGACGUCAGUGCAGGGCCUGGAUGAGUUCAAGAAUGAGGUAAUGCUGAUCGCCAAGCUACAACAUCGAAACCUUGUUCGGCUUCUUGGUUGCUGCAUUCAAGACGAAGAAAGAAUGUUGAUCUACGAGUACAUGCCCAAUAGAAGCUUGGACGCCAUCCUAUUUGAUAAAGCAAAAGUGGGAUUGUUGGAUUGGCGAACACGGUACAACAUCAUAGUCGGGAUUGCUCGCGGCCUUCUAUACCUCCAUCAAGAUUCUAGAUUCAGAAUCAUCCACAGGGAUAUGAAAGCUGGUAACAUUCUUCUCGACAAGGAUAUGUGUCCUAAGAUAUCGGACUUUGGCAUGGCAAGGAUCUUUGGAGGAGAUGAAACAGAAGCAAACACGAGGAGAGUUGUUGGAACAUACGGCUACAUGUCUCCCGAGUAUGCCAUGGAUGGAAUCUUCUCAAUGAAGUCUGAUGUAUUUAGUUUCGGGGUAUUGGUGCUCGAAAUCGUAAGCGGCAAAAGGAACAGAGGGGUUUAUCACUCUGCACCUCAACUGAAUCUUUUAGGAUACGCAUGGAGUCUAUGGAAAGAAGGUAGAACCUCGGAACUAGUUGAUGAAUCCAUGGGUGACUCCUUUCCCAUGGCUGAAGCCUUGAGGUGUAUAAAAGUUGGUCUGCUAUGUGUGCAAGACCGGCCUGAACACAGACCAACAAUGGCAUCCGCAGUGUUAAUGUUGGGCAGUGACGGUGCUCUCUUGCCACAACCGACACAACCGGGUUUUGUGGCAACAAAAGGCCCGCUUGAGUCAGAUUCGUCGGCGAGUAAGCAAGACUCGGUAUCUGUAAAUGACAUAUCGAUCACGAUGGUGGAAGGUCGAUAUGGGCUCCGCGCAAAUGCAGGGGCAAAGAAAACAGAUUUUAUAUUUUACGAUCCGGCACCCGGAAACUACACCGCGUCCAUCGACUUGCACGGCUACCCCCAGUUAUUUUUAUUUUCCGGGACGCGCAAGUACUGGCGCGGGGGGUCAUGGAACGGGAUUGUAUUCAGUAGCGUCCCGGAGGCGAUCUACGCCUCCAACAGGUUCAACAUUGUGUUCAUCAUCGACGCCCAGGAGGUGAUGUACACGAACUACUUGCGCAACGCUUCGAUGAUCUCAAGAUUGGUCAUGAAUCAGUCAGGCAAACUGCAGCGGUUUGUGUGGAUAGAGGAGAGAAGGUCAUGGAAUCUAUUCUGGUUCAGGCCCAAGGACCAGUGCGACGGCAUGUCGCCGUGCGGCCCCAACGGCGUCUGCUACCCCAGCGACUGGCCGAUGUGCCACUGUCUCAAGGGCUUUCGGCCCAAGGAUCCUUCGAAUUGGGAUCUGAGGGAUGGGUGGGACGGCUGCGUCAGAAAGACGGCAUUGGACUGCCGCAACGGGACCGAUGGGUUUGUCACGCUCAACGGUGCGAUGAUUCCGGACACAUCGAGUUCGGUGGUGGACUGGAGCCUGAGCCUGGAGCAAUGCAGGGCUCGGUGCUUGAGGAAUUGCUCGUGCACAGCCUUUGCCAGUGCAAACAUCAGCGGGAGCGAGAGUGGCUGCAUCAUGUGGACCACUGAUCUCACCGAUCUUGGGGUGGUUUCCAGUGGCUCAGGACAGGAUCUCUACGUCAGGCUAGCGGCCGCCGAUUUAGGUUCGGAAUCAGGGGAUUCUCGUAGGAGCCGUGUGGUUGUGAUCAGUGUGGUCAUUGCGAUGACAAUUCUAGUUCUAGGAUGUGCUGCCUGCUGCGUCUGGAAAAGGAAGAAGAGGAGAAAAUUUUGCUUGGCAGAAGGCCAUAAUGAAGGAACAGGGCAGGAUUUGGACCUACCAUUAUUUGAUUUAGCAGCAAUUAUCAAUGCCACCGAUGACUUCUCAAUACACAACAAACUCGGCGAAGGUGGAUACGGUCCGGUGUACAAGGGCAAGCUGGGCGGGGAGCAAGAUAUAGCUGUGAAGAGGUUAUCGAAGACAUCGAUGCAGGGACUGGAGGAGUUCAAAAAUGAGGUAAUGCUGACUGCAAAGCUGCAGCACCGAAACCUUGUUCGGCUUCUUGGAUGCUGCAUUCAAGCAGGGGAACGGAUGCUGAUCUACGAGUAUAUGCCCAACCGAAGCUUGGAUGCCUUCCUGUUUGAUAAAUCUGAAGAUAUAUCGCUGGACUGGCAAACACGACGCAACAUUAUAGUGGGGAUUGCUCGAGGCCUUCUUUAUCUCCAUCAAGAUUCUAGGUUUAGAAUCAUUCAUAGGGAUCUCAAAGCUAGUAACAUUCUUCUUGACAAGGAUAUGAACCCCAAAAUAUCAGAUUUUGGCAUGGCAAGGGUUUUCGGAGGGGAUGAAACAGAAGCGAAUACGCGAAGAGUGGUGGGAACAUACGGAUACAUGUCCCCUGAGUACGCUAUGGACGGAAUCUUCUCGGUUAAAUCGGAUGUAUUCAGUUUUGGUGUUUUGCUACUUGAAAUCGUUAGCGGUAAAAAGAACAGGGGGGUGAUUUAUCACUCUGCAAGUCACCUGAAUCUUCUAGGAUAUAUAUGGAGCCUAUGGAAAGAAGGGAAAGGCUCGGAAUUAGUUGAUGGAUCGAUUGGCCAUUCGUGUUCCCUGGCUGAGGUCUUGAGGUGCAUAACGGUGGGGCUUCUGUGUGUUCAAGAACGACCCGAAGACAGGCCGACGAUGUCGUCGGUGGUGAUAAUGUUGAACAGUGACGGUGAGCUACCACAACCUCGACAACCGGGUUUUGUUGUUGCCAGAGCCCCACCCGAAACUGGUUCAUCAACGACCAAUCACGACUCCUCGUCAACCAGAAACAGCUUGUCGGUCACACUGUUGGAAGGUCGAUAGUGAAUUAAACAAGUGUAGCGGUAAGUUUUAUUAUUGGCUUCUGAAGGGUGGUGGAGUACUGAAACAUUUGGAAUGUCCCACCCUCUAACACCGGUCUCGUCCUUCUUUUUAUAUCCCAAGCGCGCAGGCGAGCAUGCACAUUCAUCAGAGAUGGCCGACACAUACGGGGGGGCUUAAUCCUCCUACUACUGGCCCUCAGAACGCCUGCUAACGGAGUCCAGCAACAUGUGGCUUGCCCGGAGUCAUGCUGAGCUUCAGGAAUAGUGGUGUUGUGUACAGAGGCAUCGUUGUCGUAGCAGGCAAGCCUUUUAGUCGAGCGACACGUGUCUAAUAUUCUUUGGCUCUAAAGCCUCAUCUCAUACCUUUUUUUUUUUUUUUUGAACUCUUCUUUUUAGCUUUACACGCUUCUUUAGUCGUUUUUCAUUUUUUGACGCAUAUUUCCCGGUAUGUUCUUGUCAUCGAUCGAUAGCAAAGGUUGCUACUGCUGGUUCAUUUUUCA